AUGGAGGCUCGAACGGAAGCGAUGCCCGCCUCAGUCCACUCAUUUGCGACAAACGUCAGGCGUGCGGUGGGCACGCUGCUGGGGCGAGAUCACAAGGACUGCUCCCCAGAGCCAGGAAUCAAUUUGUGCGAGAAGCCGGUGAUAUCAUCCACAAGCGUUACGUGGAUCAUCGUGGGCGCCGCUCUUGGCGCGGUGGUGCUUGGGACCCUCGCGGUGCUCGUCUUCCUCCAUUUCAGGCGAAGGAAGCGGGACAAGCGCGAGGACAUGGAAGACAGGUUCCAGAUGUCGGACUACGGGCUAGACGAUGUCCCGUCAUCCGGGAAACCGCGGCGGGAUGACGAGGCAAAGUGGUCCAACGACGGAUCCAGCGGCUUCGGCAGGCGGUCGCGCGAGCCCUUGCAGGCCGGCACCGAGCCCAAGUACCACGGCGGGCAGUCGGAUGGCCAUCUGAACCCAUUCGACGAUGCAGCAUCAGUACGGUCCGGCAGCGGCUCGUCCUACCCCCCAAGCGUCUACGCCCAGGGGUCGAAGCGAGAGGGAGGCCGGCCAAGCCCGCUGGCCGAGGGCAGGUGA